AAAUUUAAACUAUAAAUACCCUUUCCAAGAAAUUUACAUCCGUCUAAUUAUUGUCUGUGUAGUAGGUUUAAAAGUUGUCAUAUUCAGAUGUCAACGAUAAAGUAAUUUAGUUGUCGUUGGUUGCUGUAAUCUAAUAAUUUCAAAAAACAUUAAAAUAAAACAGCUAAUAUUGCAAUUAAUGUAUUAAUUCUUGAGCAUCAUGCAACCCUUACUUAAUACUAAAGGUGAUAUUCAAAUAGAUUUAAAUCAAGUGAGAAUUGAUAUACUGAAUGGUAUUCGCGAAUGUAACGAUCGCGGAUUAAUACAAACUGCGAAAUGGUUAGCGGAAUUAAAUUAUGCCCUUAAAGACCAUAAAAUUAAUCAAAUAGAACCACCUAGGCCCCCUGAAUAUGAUAUCAUACCUGAAGAAAGAGAAGCAUACAGCCUGGCGAAGAGUUUCUUUGAUUGUCAAGAGUACGAUAGAGCGGCACAUUUUAUAGAAAAUUGCACAAGUCCUAAGUGUGUAUUCUUGCACAAAUACUCUCAGUAUAUGUCGAGUGAAAAAAAGAAGUUGGAUAACGCCACUGAUACAGGAAUGGAAAAUAUGGAAUCAACUCAAGUUUUAUUAGAUCUUUUAUCCUUUUUCAAGGCUAACCGUAACACUCUAGAUGGAUACCUUCUAUAUUUAGAGGGUGUUGUUUUGAAGAAAUUAGAUUUGCGGAGUCAAGCUGUCACAGUUCUACAGGCAGCAGUGGCUGCAUCACCCACUCUCUGGGCAGCGUGGGUUGAACUCGCAGGCCUUGCUAAUGAAUAUGAGGCCUUAGACUCGUUGCAAUUGCCUAAACACUGGAUGAUGUAUUUCUUUGCUGCACAUGCAUUUGUGGAAUUAAAACUGUCCGAGCAAGCUCUUGAAGCAUACAUGGUUCUUGCUACAGCUGGCUUUGAGAAGAGCACUUAUAUCACUGCUCAGAUGGCUAUUGCACAUCAUGAUAGGAGAGAUGUUGACUCCUCACUAACCUUAUUCAGAGAUCUGUACCAAAAUGAUCCAUACCGGUUGGACAAUUGGGAUGUCUUCUCACAUUUGUUGUAUCUCAAAGAUAAAAGAAUGGAACUGGCAAAUUUAGCGCAAAAAGCUGUAUCUAUAGACAAAUACCGAGUUGAAACAUGUUGUGUUAUUGGUAACUAUUACAGUUUAAGAAGUGAGCAUCAAAAAGCAGUUCUAUAUUUUCAAAGAGCUCUAUCAUUGGACCCACAGUACUUGUCAGCGUGGAUACUCAUGGGACACGAAUUUAUUGAACUACAGAACUCAAAUGCUGCAAUCCAGUGCUACAGGCAAGCUAUAGAUGUCAACAGAAAUGACUAUAGAGCCUGGAAUGGUCUCGGCCAAGCAUAUGAAAUUCUAGGCCUUAAUGGUUAUUGUAUUUACUACUAUUCAAGGGCGGCCCAACUAAAACCAGAUGAUUCUAGAAUGUUAGUAUCAUUAGGGGAAGCAUAUGAGAAGAUGGAAAAAAUCCCAAAUGCCCUCAAGUGCUAUUAUAAAGCGCAUAGCACAGGGGAUAUUGAGGGAAUGGCAUUAUUUAAAUUGGCCAAAUUAUACGAGAAGUCCAACAUGCCAAACAGUGCUGCAGCGGCGUACACUGCCGCGUGCCAAGAGCCCGCCAACGCGGGUAGCAAGGAGCUACCGGCCGCCCAACGCUACCUCGCGCAAUACUACUUACGCUUCUCGCUGAUCGAUCACGCGGCCCACUACGCCUACAAGUGCCUCGAACACGAGAGUACAAAAGAAGCUGGAAAGAAUAUACUCAAAACAAUAUCUGAGAAAAGGCUUUCAGCAUCAAACUCUUCACAGGCAAAUUUCAAACCGGAAGAUCUACCAGAUGCCAUUAAAAAUGUAUCAACGUCCAUCUCCCAUGAAACGCCUAAGACUCCAUUCCCACUACCUAGCCCUAAUGUGACGCCUGACAACUUCUCCACACCAAAGUUUACAAGGCACAAUAGCAAAUACAAAAUUUGACAAACUGUGUCCUUAAAAUAUAAAAUUUAAGAUAAAUAAAAGUUGUUAAAAUGUA